AAAACAGCCCUCUUCACGGUAGAGCCUCCGAGAAACUUCGCAGUCAUUUGUCAGCAAACAUUUAUCUUGACACUAGUUUGAAUCUGCCAUACUCCUUUUCCCCCCCUUUUGGAUUUUGGGGUCUUUACUGGUGGUCUGCAGCAGGAUUCUUGUAUUUUCUGGUUCAUAGAGGAGGGAAAUGGAAAUCAAAGUGGGCAUGGAUUUCCAGUGGCUCAGGAGAAGGGCCUGAGCUUGAAAUCAAAGCCAGAUUCAUGAGCUUUGAGUGGAGUGGGAAGUUUGGAUGGCCAAAACAUUUUCAGCCUCCCUGUGAAUUUCAGUUGGACUGUUUUGUGACAUCUAGUUGUUCCUCUACUUCUGUUUGACAAAAAUUUGGUUUGAAUGGAUAAUUAUGGGAAUUUUAGAUGAAAAAUUGGAAGUUUUAUAUUGAGUUAUGUCCUGAGAUGAUGGUCAGCUGUCUAAAUCCAAGCAGUCAAUGUUGCUCUAUAUGUUUCGAUGCUAAACAUUAAUAUUGCAAACUGGGAUUUUGUUCUCCAGAGGCCAUGCUCUUUCCUUAUUCCUAAUUAUAAAUUAAUUUUGACAAUGUUUGCCUUUUUUUUGUUUGUAUAUAUUCUAGAUCAAAUAUGCCAGGCAUGGAUUUUUAAUGCGUUUUAGUGUUUACUUAUUCCUGUUCAGGAACUAAGAAUUUGUUGCUGAAAGCAUGGCCAAGCAUCAUCCAGAUUUGAUUAUGUGCCGAAAGCAGCCAGGAAUUGCUAUUGGGCGACUUUGUGAGAAAUGUGAUGGGAAGUGUGUGAUCUGUGAUUCCUAUGUCCGCCCUUGCACACUUGUUCGAGUUUGUGAUGAAUGCAACUAUGGGUCCUUUCAGGGUCGGUGUGUUAUCUGUGGAGGAGUGGGAAUUUCUGAUGCCUACUACUGCAAAGAGUGUACGCAGCAGGAGAAAGAUAGGGAUGGAUGUCCAAAAAUUGUUAAUUUAGGGAGUGCCAAAACAGACCUAUUCUAUGAACGUAAGAAAUAUGGUUUUAAGAAAAGAUGAUGAGCGCUGGAUAGACGUGUCUGGAACUUAUUAAUUGCUUUUAUUUAGUGUGAGACUUCGAAUAUUGAUAUGUAAGCAGUGCUUUUAGAAUGCUUUUAUGUACUAAACUAUUGAUGAAGAUGACAUAAUAGUUUUUGAAAUGCUGGAUAUAUGUUAAAAAGUCGUCGAGUGUUUGUUUUCUUACCCA